CGCGACGCGGGCUCGCGGGAAGCCGGCAACAUGGCGGGCCGGCCUACGGCCUCCGCCUCGCAGCCGCUGGACCCGGACGGAGCGGCGCCCAAUGUGGUGGCGCGAGUCUCGAAAUGGGCGGACGACCACCUGCGCCUCGUCCGGAACAUCAGCACCGUAAUGGCCAUAGCUGGAAUAAUGUUACUUCUAAGAAGUAUUCGGAUGACAUCAAAAUUUACAAGUUCUUCAGAUAUUCCAGUAGAAUUUAUAAGAAGGAAUGUUAAACUACGUGGACGAUUACGCCGAAUAACUGAGAAUGGUUUAGAAAUUGAGCAUAUUCCCAUUGCUUUACCUAUUAUAACUUCAUGGAAAAAAGAGCCAUGUGGUGUUUUGCUGGUUAAGCUGGCAGGAGUAGAACUCACUGAAACCGGGAAGGUGUGGUUACAAAAAGAGUUAAAACCUUCCCAGCUGGUAUGGUUUCAACUUCUUGCAAAGGAGAAUUCAGCACUUAUUUGCUAUCUUCUAGUGAAUAAGGGUAGAUAUUUUAGUGUGAGUCUGAAUGAAGAAAUUUUGAGAAGAGGCCUUGGCAAAACUGUUCUUGUUAAAGGGCUAGAUUAUGAUUCUAAAAUCUAUUGGACAAUUCACAGAAACUUACUUAAAGCUGAAUUAACAGCGUUAAAAAAAGGAGAAGGAAUAUGGAAGGAAGAAUAUGAAAAAGAAAGUUAUUUGGAAAAAUUGAAAGGCUCCUGGAGAGAAAUAUGGAAAAAAGACAAUUAUUUAAAAAAAAUUGGAUCAGAUUUCAAUUUGAAAAAUGAAAGUUAUUAUGACAAACUUAGAAGGACUUAUGAAACAUGGAAAGACCACAUAAAUAACUACUCCUUAAUACUGAAGUUCAGAGAACUUAUGAAUCGCAUACACUUUCGUAGAAAAGGGUGAAAUAUUCUAAGAGGCCUGGAGGUGACCUACUCAGAAAAGAGUAAAGUAUGUAAAUAAAUAUAUGGAUAUUGAGUUGAAACGGAAAUUCCUCCAAAUGAUCAAAGUUGCAUUCUAAUGGUAUUUAAAUAUUUAAGAGAUGAUUAUUUUAAAUGUCAUAAUCAGAAUUACUUAAGCAAAUUGUGAUUAAUAUAAUAUGCUUUCAGGAAAAAUGAAAUACUUUAUAAAGUUACCAGGAUAAAGGAUGUAUAUCUGUAAUGUUAAUAUUUGAAGACAGAGUUUAACUAUUGGACACUGUAUUAUUUUAGUUAUUUGGGGCAGCCAUAUUUAAUUUUUGUUCAACGAGAAUAUUUUGUUUACUUUUCCGGUUUUAUCAAUUUUGAUUACUUAUAAUAAAGGAACUCUAUGCAUCAUGUCUGAGGCUACUCUUUUCCCAAGUGUCUUCUAACUGUG